AAUUCAAUGGUUUCCAAACGACAGCGAACAUUCAGAACAAAAUAAGGUUAACCUUAAAUCAGGGUUAUGAUUUACCCCAUGAUAGUUUUUAGAAUUGCCUAGUGUGAUACUUUGAAAUUAUGUGUGUUGAUUUCUGUGAUUAUGAUGACAUUGUACAGAUGACGUUUCCUAGAAGUGUAAUAUAAUGUGGAGUAUACCAAAAAUUUAAAGAACAUAUAAUAAAUAAUCUUUCUCAAUUUGUUCUCUCUGAUAUUAUUGACAUAAUUUGUAGUUACUAUGUAUAGAAUUAAACUUGUUUAUCUUUAAAAUAAUUACUGAAAACAAUUAUGGUAAAAAUAGAAGAGGUGUCGAAAACCGUUUAUUUGAAAAUCUCGUGAUUUUUCUAUUUUUAAACAAAUUCAUGUGAUCGUGACUCACUAAUUUACUUACAGAAAAUGUUUGUUUUUAUCAGUAUUUUCUAAGGUAUGGAAGUUAUAAUUGCUAUGGGCCAUUUUUGUGAUAGUCAUGGACCUUGUGUAAUUCUAUGCACUAGUGCAUUUGAUGAAUUUCCAGAAAAGCAGCCGUCAAAAGGUCCUAUUUGCCCAACUUGUAAAUCUAUUGAUCUAGAUACAGUAUAUGUCUGUGAAGAUGCAAAAAAGCAAUAUAUUACUACCAGAACAUCAUUUGACACUGAUAUAGCUCAUUUAUUGAAAGAUGCUAUCCUUAGAAGUCUGAGUAUUGAAAUAGUAAUGCAAAAUGGAAAAAAUUCAGGAACGAUGUAUUUUGGAGAUAAUAAUAGAGGACAUAUUAUAUCUCAUGUUUUUAGUCUUAAAGAUUCCUUUGCAAGGGGCUUUAAAAGAAAAUAUUGUAUUGUUGUCAUUGGAAAUCAUCAGAUUUCAUUACUAAGCCACUAUGACUUUCUGGAAAUGAAUUUAAAACGAAUUAGUGAAGACUUACAACAAAAAGCUGAAAAGUUGAAUACAGUAGAGAUGUCCUCCAAGAAAGAAGAAUUGAGAUCUCUUCCAGAAUUAAUAGGUGAAAGCAAUAUAUUUGCUCAACUUCACAUGUGGUUUGUUUUUCUAAUGACUGCAAAAAUAUUCAAAAAUAUACCCCAUAACAUUCCAAAUUGCCCUAUAAAUUGUCCUUCGAUUGAAAAAUUAAGAAUCCUAAAAUUAGAAAUGUCAGACAAUGUUUAUGAUACAGUAUCUUAUUGCACAUUAACUGGAAUAAAGAUUGAAGAAAAGAAUUCAGAUAUUUUGAGGUAUUUCCAAGAAUUAUUACCAAUUGGAUUUAAAUUACCAAAUAGUGGAAAUCUAUGCAGUAUAUCUAAAACAUGUGAGAAUUGGAAUGUAAGUUUUCAAGGAACUUUGCCACAAACUCUCCCAAAACUUCAUAUAUCCAUUAAACGAGCAUUAGAAGAUACCAAUAUAUCAAAUUCCGCUUUAUAUUACCACAUUAAAAGUUUCAUUAUGUAUUGGUUUAAUAUAUCAUGUGUUCUCAGUUGGACAACAAAUUCUUGUGAAAAUUUAACGCGGACUUUAGAAAUUCAUAAAUGUGAUAUGCCUUUAUUAUCAUACUGGAUUUCUCAAACAAAUAGUUGCAUUAAACUAUGUAAAAGUGACUAUUUCAUAUCUACAAAAGUAAAGUGAUUAUUAGAAUAAUAAUAAUAAUAAUACUUUCCAUCAAAAUUAAAACUUUUCAGCAAAAGAACUUUUUUUCAAUGGCUUAUCAAUAAUUUUUGCUACUAUGCAAAUCAUAGUUAAGUUGAGUUAAUUGGAGAAAGCUUUUCACAAGUAGAUGGAAGUGGUGGAAUUGUAGCUUUAUUUAGACUUAAGAGGAUUCCUGAAAGACCAUAUAACUGAUGCCAAUCAGGAUUUUUGCGACUUAAGUGCAAAAACAAAUAUUUGUUACAUCUACUAUUUUAUGUUUCUAUCAAAAAGAAAUAGCAGAACUACAAUUUGCUAGAGAUUAUUUGGAUUGGAAGUACCACCAUUUUAAAGAGAUGAGCUCAGAUUUUACCUAUGUUUCAGUGUGCAAGUGUGAACAAAAUAUUUGCACAACACAACUUCUAUAACCAAGGAAUGCUGGUAUUAGGUCAGUUCGGUUUUGGGUGGCAUUAAUUAUGGAGGACUAAAUUGUCAAACUGUAAAUGAUGCUAGAGGAGGAAAAACAUAUUAACAUAAGACUUUCAUUGUUUUUAAAUUUUAUUUUGAACUCUUGAAAUUUUGUGUUUCUUACAAUAGUGGUUGAAGAAGGUUUGAAGCAUUCUAGGAUGAAACCCUACCUAUCGUGAACUAUUCACAAAACUUUUAUUCAUUAUAAACUACAUUUUAUGUUUGUCAAAUUUUAAUAAAACCAUAAUUUCUU